CUGGCCUAGGCAACAACUACACAGAAGGCAACGGCAGCUGCGCAACAAGGACCAUCAGCUACUUGCAACAAUGGUGAACAACCGAGUUACUUACCGUCGUCAGACUCCAUACAACACCCGCUCCAACCGUGUCAGAAUCGUCAAGACACCGGGAAACACCCUACGAUACCAACACUUGAAGAAGCUUGGAACAUCGCCCAAAUGCGGUGACUGCGGCAUCUCCCUUCCAGGUAUCCCUGCACUGCGUCCGCGGGAAUUCGCAAACAUCUCGAAGCCAAAGAAGACUGUUCAGCGCGCUUACGGAGGAUCACGUUGCGCCAACUGCGUGCACGACCGUGUCAUUCGUGCUUUCCUAAUUGAGGAGCAACAGAUUGUCAAGGCUGUCAUGCGCCAGCAGGCCAAGAAGUAGAUUUUGUCAUCUUUUCCCCGCAAUCCAUCAAUGCCAAUCUAUACAAACCAUUAUGCAUCUGCUUGAUUCAAUUACACUUGCUAU